AUGGCCACCUUGGUGAGAAGCUUAACCAGGAGGAAAAGGCUUAAGCAGGAGGAAAAAACGAACACGGAAUUGUCGAAAUGUCUAACCACUUGGGAUUUGACAUCCCUCGGGAUUGGCGCUACCUUAGGAGCGGGCAUUUAUGUUGUUUCGGGACAGGUUGCCGCUAGUAUCGCCGGACCUGCUGUAAUCAUUUCAUUCGCCUUAGCAGCAAUAACAUCCAUACUGUCAGGUUUAUGUUACGCUGAAUUUGGCGCACGUGUUCCUAGGACAACUGGAUCCGCUUACGCUUACAGUUAUGUCACGGUCGGGGAAAUAUGGGCUUUCAUCAUCGGAUGGAACUUAAUUCUAGAAUACAUGAUCGGUACAGCGGCGGAUGCUCGGGCGUUAAGCGCUUGCUUCGAUUAUGUUAUUGGAAACGCCAUUCGAAAUUUAACGCUAACGUACGUUGGUGAGAUGCAAAUUCCUGGUCUUGGUACAUACCCAGAUAUACUUUCUUUCGUUGUAACUAUCAUCGUUACAACUGUACUUGCAGUUGGUGUCAAGCAAUCUUCAACUUUUAGUACAAUUUUUAAUGUUUUAAACUUCUUAGUCGUGGUUUUCAUCGUGAUAGCGGGAAUGUUUUUCGUGGACACCCGGAACUGGACGGAAGGGAAAGGAUUUUUCCCGUACGGAUUUUCUGGAGUACUAAGUGGAGCGGCGACGUGCUUUUACGCUUAUGUUGGCUUUGAUAUUAUCGCUACGACAGGAGAAGAAACUAAAAAUGCUCCAAAGUCUAUUCCAACAGCAAUCGUUGCUUCACUGGUUGUUAUAUUCCUAUGUUAUUUUGGAGUAUCCACUGUAGUAACACUCCUUGUCCCUUUUGAUCAGCUGGACAAACUAUCGCCCAUACCAAACGCCUUUGUUCAGAGAGGAUUUCCUUUGGCAAAGUACAUUAUCGGUGUAGGUGCUGUUUGUGGUUUAUCUUCAAGCCUUCUGGGAUCUCAGUUUCCUCUGCCAAGGAUCAUUUAUGCCAUGGCUUCGGACGGCUUGCUCUUCAAAUGCUUUGCUAGUGUGAACCCUAGAACCGAGGUACCUGUUGUUGCCACAGUGUACCCAGGAAUUUUAACGGCCGUUAUCGCUUUGUUAUUUGAUUUAAAUGAAUUGGUUGAGAUGAUGUCUAUAGGCACGUUACUGGCGUACACAUUAGUGUCCCUGUGUGUUUUGAUCCUCCGUUAUCAGCCGGAUAUUUCAGACGCCCAUUCCAUGGACCUCUUAAACCUUCCAGACAAAGAUCCGAAAGUUUAUGAACAACUUUCCUUAUACGAACAUGCGGCAGAGGAAUUUGAAUAUCAGAUGUCUCCAAAUGGCCAUCUACACUUUCUAGAUUCCCCCAAUUUCGAUGAAAAUCAAGACAAUGAAUUAUCCUGGGAGGAGUUUACAACAGCAAACAAGGACACAUCAAGGCAUGAUCGGAGCCAUAAACUUACUGGAGGUCCUACGGCGGAAAGUGUGAGAUUAGUGAACUGGGCGGUGGCCUUGUUAUUCAUCUCAUUUAUUGGAUUUUGCAGUGCUACUGUUUAUGGUUUAGAAGCAUUACAGAGACGCAGCUUUGUAAUUAUACUUUUUCUCGUACUUUUUGGAGUCCUCAGUAUAUUUGCUAUUGUGGUGAUUUGUUUACAGCCUCAGAACACCAAGGAAAUAUCCUUCAAGGCGCCAUUAGUCCCGGCACUACCAAUUCUCGCCAUCUUUUUCAAUGUAUUUCUCAUGCUCAAGUUAUCCAGACUGACCUGGAUUCGCUUUGGAGUUUGGAUGGGCUUAGGUUUGUAUUCAAACCCCGUUUAAGGUUGAUUUCCACUAAAGCGUUUUUGGCAACUUACGUUAACGCACGUAAAUUUUAAUCACGUAAAUAAAUUAGAGGCAAGAUAAAAAGUGUUGGGCCCAGUUCCUAGAAAGAUGGUUAAGUUUAACGCAGGAUUAAGCGAAAUUUUAAGCGCGGUUUUCUUGCCAAGAGCAUGUUACUCAAGCGUACAAAAUACUGUUGAACCUUUACUCUGAGACACAGUAAUGAUUUACACAAAAUUUAAUUUUUCUCUAAGCAAUGUAUAGGAAAGUAAAUACAAAAAAGUGGAACAAAAUCUUAAUCCUGGAUUAGCGCUAAUCGGCCUUUCAGGAACCGAGCUUAAACGAGAAGUUGAGCGAGGUUCAACUGUUACGCUUACGAGCGACCCUUCAUGCAUUGCCUCUAUUUUAUUUGCGAACAUAAAUUUUACGCUCGUAUGUACGUAAAAAUUACACGACACUGGAAAUCAACCCUUAAAACUUGCAUAGAUCUGCCUUUCGUUCACCCGUGACCUGCGGAAAAAGUGUGCAACUUUUGGAACGGAAACAUGUGCACGUUUUGGCCUCACCGGUGAUUAAAUGUACCAAUUACGGUCGAUGAUCCAACUGAUUAAAAUAUUGAUAAAAUGCAACUUCAAUAAUCCCCCUAUCCCCUUAGCCCAAUAUGGAAAAAUGUGGGUUUCUCUUAUCAGCACUGAACUUUGUUACCGUGCUUUCAGUGUAAAUUAACACGACAGAUAAGAGAAGUGUGACGUCACAAAAAUUCAAAUUUGUGAAAUUAUGGGAUUGGUAAGCAUAUUCAGAAAGAACAAGAUGAAAAAAGACCCCUUGCCAAAAUUCAACCUGUUAGUGUUGUAAUUGAGUGAGGAGAUAUAAGCAACUUUGAGUUCUGACGACUCCACAUAAAUCCUUCUAAAACUGGCCUGGAUAGUAACUAUCCACAUCAUCUCAAUAAGAGGAAAGCGGGUUUUCCUUACCCGCACAGAACUGUUUGUCCUUGCUUUCAGGUUAAAUUAUCACAAACGAUCAAGUUUACCUCAAAGGCAAACGUCAGUUUGUACCACGUGACUAAGUUUUUUCUUUACUUUUUGUUCACUGUUUAAAAGUGAGUUGUUUCACGCCAAUUUCAUCCAUAACAAUAGUUCGCACAGUUUUUAUACGUUUACUUCCUUUUUAUGGAGAAUUGUCAUUUUGAAUCUGACAUUUGCCGUUUUCUGUGACCGUGAUUCUAAAUCUCUGUAAUACCUCCCGGCGCCUGAAGGGUUUAAUCUUAACCUUUUCCUGUUUUAUUAGGAAUGUUACUUUACUUUGGUUACAGCAUCUGGAAUAGCGGUGAAAGGCAAAGAAGAUCACAUCUGGGGCAGAGGAUGUUUGACAGACAGGUUCUUCUCGCUGAUGAGCCGGAUUACGUAGACAUUGAGUAUGAAAUGGAAACAAUUCCAGCUCACAGGGACGAUACAGAAUACUUAGCGCCAAGUCCCUUCAAAUGGGACAGCUUAUGA